AAAUCAAUUGCGCUUCUCUUUUAAUUUCAAUUCCUUUGAAUUCGUGUUCAUUUCAUCUUCUCAAUCAUCGGAAAAUGUCUGGACGCGGGAAGGGUGGCAAAGGCUUGGGAAAGGGAGGAGCGAAGCGUCACAGGAAGGUCCUUCGCGACAACAUUCAAGGCAUCACAAAGCCAGCGAUUCGUCGUCUGGCUCGUAGAGGUGGAGUGAAGCGUAUCAGUGGGCUUAUCUACGAGGAGACUCGCGGUGUUCUCAAGAUCUUUCUCGAGAAUGUGAUUCGCGAUGCUGUUACCUAUACAGAACACGCUAGGAGGAAGACGGUGACUGCCAUGGAUGUGGUCUAUGCUCUCAAGAGGCAGGGAAGGACUCUGUAUGGGUUCGGUGGUUGAUUUUGAUUGUGUUAUUGUUUGUUUGGGGGUUUUGAAUUGGUAAAUUUGGAGGGGGGGGGGUAAGGUUAGGUAGUACUGGUGUUUUAGGAUCUAAUUUCAGUUUAUUAAAUGUAUUACAAUCCUUCGGGGGUUGUUUGUCAGUUAGUUUUUAAUGAAUUUGUCUGAUAUUUGGUCUCUAAUUGUUGAAUCUCAUGCUUCCAAGCCCUCCUUCAAAUGUGUUUCUACUACUGUGUAAAUGGCAAUCUCUUUUCAGUGUUUUCAUCGUUUAUCAAAUGGGGGUGUGAGAUUAUC